CCGGUAUUCUCGGGGGGAAAGAGAUAGAAAUAGAGUACGAAUUUUCUGAUUUUGAGGAAAACGAAAAAUAGAUGAAUCUUGAGAGGCGCUCGCACGGGCGUCGAGCGGUGUGAAGAUAGCUUUUCUUAUACUUACAUACGUAGUGGAUGCGUGCGUUUUUUAUUUUUUCUUUUCACGAGAAGGACAAGGGUAUCCGUUUCCACAACAAGCAAUUAGCUGUAGAAUUGAGACUUUAUUUAAUGAUUUGUAUCUCCGGAGAGGAAGACGAUAAAAAUGAAUGACUAGUAGAAGUUGAACAAGUGGGAGCAAGGACUGCUAGUACUUCUACUUCCUCGAAAAGAAGAGCCCCCCGUCCCCGACGAGCAGGUAAACCUCAUCAGCCUACGUACACCCGGUCGAAGAAGAAGAAGAUGGCGCGGCAGUACAACUUCUUGGUUUCCACCCACCUGAAGAGGGCAGGGUUCCUGUGUCUCCUUGCCUGGCCUUUCCUCGCGUUUCAGUUUCUCCAGCUGCUUGUUCCAGUGUCCGGAAAUCUGCGCGGAAAAUCCGGUACAUGAAUGUUGCAACUCGCAGAUACUUACUUCAAUUUUCUUUCGAGAAUUGUUCAUGCGGACACGUAAGAAGGACAUUUAGCUGUAAGAAGAAGAAUGAGAAUCAAGAAUGAUAUGCUGAUAUCAAUUUCACUUUCAGAUAACGUUAACGGCCCCACGACAACUACGAAUCUGCAUUCUCCACCGACUGUUUCUCACCCUUCUGCCGCUAACAAGGCUGCCCUGUACGAGCUUCUGAUGAAAGAGAAAGACCACGAUGCGACGCAACAGGAGCAAGCUUUGGUCGACGCUGGGUACCCGGCGCCGCAGGUGAUGAACAAAUUGGUGAUCAUGCGCUUUUUUGUCUGUUCCGCUAUAUAGAGUUAAACCAAAUACCUCCGACGAGGACUGCAAAAUGCCAUAAGUAGAAAAGAUCUGAUGUUGGGUUGCAGUCCCGGCAUUCAUUCCCGAUUGCCACAUCUGUAUACCUCUCAGGUAAAAGUGAUAGUGAGCAUGUUGGCGGACCCGGUGAAUGGCAUUACUUUCACCGCUCGAGCGGAGAACGUCGUGGUGUCCUACCAGUACGGCCUGCUCGACUACUUCGUCGCGCGCGAUCAGAACCGGGACGGGAAGCUGAGUGAGCAGGAGUGUCCCUGUCUGAUGGACCAGUACAGCACCGCUGCGGUUGCCCCCCCCCCCGCGCCGAGCAAAUGCCCGACGGCGUCAACGCGAGUGCAUAUGGUUGUGAAAAAGUAGUUUUGUCUCAUCAAGUGAUAGUUUUCCUUUUAUGUAUGAAUAUGUUGCCCCCGCGCAAAAGCUAACCUGUGCACGACAUGGAAGAUGCUGUGUUUCGGUUUCCGGAACCGACGUUGCCGAUCAUGUUAUUUUUGAAUAGAAUUGCACGAGCACGACUGCGAAUAUGGAUAUGGAUAUGCUGUGAAAUGACUCAAAAUUUUGCGAUGACAAUCCUGCCCUACGCAUGUGGACGAAGCAAAUCAUGGCGACGAGAGCCACCGCGGCGACAGUUUCUCCGACUGCCGGGAUAA